UCCACCCCGGUCUUCUCGAUUUCCCCCUAUUUCAGGCACCAAAAGGUCAAAGGCGGACACUCUCUCUAGCAGCCAAACAUGUUGAGGGUUUACAAAGGCUUCAGGGCGCUGUUAGAUUCACCAGCGGCGGCGCCGCCGUCUUCAGCAGCUACAGCAGUCAAGUUUUCUUCUUCUGCUGCGAAUCAACUUCUUCAAAAGUGGCUCAGAAAAUCCCGAAAAAGCCAACCACUUCAAAACCCAAGACUAAAAAACCCACCUGCUGCUCCCACUGGGAUUCUUAAAGCUUACGUGAUUUCUCCUCAUUUGAGACAGUUCCUUGGAACCCACAAGGCUUCUCGUGCGGACGCUGUGAAGCAGAUCUGGUCCUAUGCCAAAUCCAAAAACCUCCAGAAUCCAGAUAACAAGAGGGAGAUCUUUUUCGAUGAGAAGCUUAAGACCAUUUUUGAUGGAAAAGAAAAUAUCAGUUUCCUGGAGAUCGGAAAAAUAUUAAACCCUCACUUUUCGAGGAACCUAUAUUCUCGUAUUCAGCCUUCAGUUGCCCGGUAAGCCACAUCAAGCUAGCACUAUUAGAUGUAUGUUCAUGAUUUACUUUUUGUUUCAGUAUAUGAAAUUUCUGGGGUGGACUUGCAUCUGAGAAGGCUUGUGGAUGAACUUAGUUGAAAGAUUUAGUAGGGACGGGGAAGUUGAAUGGUUUCUAGAUGAACUGUUUAUGACAUCUUUUAUGAUCGACGUAUUUAAUGAAUCCAACUACAAGAAACUGUCGUCGAUGUUAAUAUUCAAAAUUCACCUGUAAAGCUGCCUUGUUUAUCUGCGAGCCAAGCAAUGUCAUUUGAGGUUCCCAGGAUCAUAUGCAUCUGAAUUCUCUCUCAAUUUGUGUGGGUUUUUUGUGCUAGUGAUGAAUAACCUUCUCUGUC